GAGAGCUGACAGUGAGAGAGAAACAGUUGCUGUGUGGGGCCCAGUGGGUACCCAGUUGCCCCAUUCGCGAAUUCUGCUCCGUCGUCGUCGGGUCUAACGGUCUUGCUGCACGCAUCUUACGGCACAUUGGCAGCGAAAAAAUCGCGCUAAUAAUAAAUUGAAACCGAAAUCAGAAGAUCGGAAAUCCAAAUAGAGCGUACACCCACACAAAAAAUCCACAAUCAAUUAUCUUAAGUGAUAAUAAAGCAAAGGCAAAAGCGAAAAGCGCGACAAAAUGCAUGUGCCAUUAUAAGAGCUACAAGUGGAAGAUAACAUUGGAGCAGUUUCAUAGCAAAUAAGAGGACUAUAUACAUAUAUGGACCAUAACUAACUGAUAAAUAUAUUUAUUUUUCUAGACUCUUGCGAGUUUUACUUUACAAAUAAAUAUAAAUCUACAUAGCACCGAUCCCCGCUCAGCUGCUACACACCCUACCACAUACACACAUAAGCACCUGCAAUGGGCAAAGAUUACUACAAGACGCUGGGGCUGCCCAAAACUGCCACCGAUGAGGAGAUCAAAAAGGCCUACAGGAAAUUGGCGCUGCGCUAUCAUCCGGACAAAAAUAAAGCCGCAAAUGCUGAGGAGAAAUUCAAAGAGGUGGCCGAGGCCUACGAGGUGCUGUCGGAUAAGAGCAAGCGGGAGGUGUACGAUAAAUAUGGCGAGGAUGGCCUAAAGAGCGGUGGCACUCGUAAUGGCGGCAAUACGAACAAAACAUUUACAUAUCAGUUCCAUGGCGAUCCGCGUGCCACUUUCGCGCAGUUCUUCGGCAACAGCAAUCCCUUUUCCUCCUUCUUCGACAUGGGCGAUAAUCUGUUUGACAAGAAUGUAUUUGAUCUGGACACGGAACCGGACUUCUUUUCAUCGCCCUUCGGUGGCAUUGGGUCACGGCAUGGUCUUGGCAGUGCCUUCAGGCCCUCUUUCAGAUCACACUCCUUCAAUGUGCACACACCGUUCAAGAAGGAACAGAAACAGGAUCCGCCCGUGGAGCACGAUCUCUAUGUGACCCUGGAGGAGAUCUAUCAUGGCUGUGUUAAGAAAAUGAAAAUCUCCCGUCGUGUCGUCCAGGCGGAUGGCAGUUCCCGCAAAGAGGACAAAGUUCUGCAGAUAUCCAUCAAGCCCGGCUGGAAGUCCGGCACGAAGGUCACCUUCCAGAAGGAGGGUGACCAGGCGCCCGGCAAAAUACCCGCCGAUAUUGUGUUCAUUAUUAGGGAUAAACCCCAUGCCAUGUUCAAGCGCGAGGGCAGCGAUCUGCGCUAUACGGCGAGGUUAACGCUCAAGCAGGCACUCUGCGGCGUUGUCUUCCAAGUUCCUACCAUGUCCGGCGACAAGUUGCGCAUCAGCACCAUGCAGGAGAUCAUCAAACCGAAUACGGUGAAGCGUAUUCAAGGCUACGGUUUGCCCUUCCCCAAGGAUACCACCCGAAAAGGUGAUCUGCUUGUGGCGUUCGAUAUACAGUUUCCCGAGAAAUUGACUGCCGCCCAGAAGGAGGUGCUGCGGGACAUGUUAUGAAGGGAAUCGUUGAUGCACGCAGCCAUGAGCCAUGACUCAACACACACACACACUCAUCCAUCCCCAGUUUGAAAGGAACGUGACUGGGCUUAGUCAUACCAUACACACACACACACACCAUGCACACACCACUCCCACACACACCGAAUCAGUCGCUCUCUCUCCCCUUUUUUUGCUUGUUUGUGUUCAAUACAUUUUUGCGCAUUUUUUUACAGGAACUUUUUGUAUAACCCUUUGUCACCCCCCCUCACCAAACCGGUCCUUAGCUACAUGUUUACAUACUCGCAUAUGUUGACCAUAGUUAUUAUAUCAUUAAUUCUUAAUUUAUUUGUCUAAAUUAAAGCUACAUUUAAUAAAUUACACACAAA